CCUCGUCCAACCCGCUACCUGCCGGGGCCUGGGCCGACUGCCCCCGCCCCUUUUCGGCUGCGCCCGCACUCUUCUUCCUCGCCCUGACGCCCCCCCUCCCGCCCGGAAAGCUGCCCAGCCACCAGCAACCCCCCAGUGCCACCAUGGCAACUGCACCAUACAACUACUCUUACAUCUUUAAAUAUAUUAUUAUUGGGGACAUGGGAGUAGGAAAAUCUUGCUUGCUUCAUCAAUUUACAGAAAAAAAAUUUAUGGCCGAUUGUCCUCACACAAUUGGUGUUGAAUUUGGUACAAGAAUAAUUGAAGUUAGUGGCCAAAAAAUCAAACUGCAGAUAUGGGAUACAGCAGGACAGGAGAGGUUUAGGGCUGUUACACGAAGCUACUACAGAGGAGCUGCAGGAGCGCUUAUGGUGUAUGAUAUCACUAGAAGAAGUACGUAUAACCACUUAAGCAGCUGGUUGACAGAUGCAAGGAAUCUCACCAAUCCAAAUACUGUAAUAAUUCUCAUAGGAAAUAAAGCAGAUUUGGAGGCACAGAGAGAUGUUACUUAUGAAGAAGCCAAACAGUUCGCUGAAGAAAAUGGCUUAUUGUUCCUUGAAGCAAGUGCAAAAACGGGAGAGAAUGUAGAAGAUGCUUUCCUCGAGGCUGCCAAGAAAAUCUAUCAGAACAUUCAGGAUGGAAGCCUGGAUCUGAAUGCUGCCGAGUCUGGUGUACAGCACAAACCCUCAGCUCCGCAGGGAGGCCGGCUAACCAGUGAACCCCAACCCCAGAGAGAAGGCUGUGGCUGCUAGUGACCUCUUUGCUGUGGCUCUCAUUUGACCUUUCACCUCUGUCUGUUGGAAGCAGUACUUUUUACUGCCUUGUUGUCUUCUGUACAUCUUACUGGGUUUAAUUAAAAAAACAAAAGAAAAAAAAACUCUGUUUAAAAACAGUUUAACACAAUACUAAACUGCUAAACAACUAGGUGUAAUCAGGUUAUCAAAAGCAAGUAAUCUCUCCUGCAUGGUAAAUCUAGACUUUUUUUCCCCCCUUUGAUUGUCCUCAUGUUAGGUAUGUCACCAAUACAUGAUUUAAACUGAGCACUGAUGCUGGACUUCAUGAUUUUUACCCUUCCCUCUUUUUGGCAGGGCUUUGUCUCACUGUACGGUUUAAUUUGAUAUCUUAAGCCUUUCUCCCCAUCUUUUAACUGUUCAAGUAUGUCUUUUGUAACCGAGAAGUUUAUUGCUGUGAAAUGGCUUCUGGUGAUAGAGAAGGGGUUCUAUAACUGCUUUUGUUUUUGUCAGAUAAAUUCCCUGUUGUGUGGGUGGCAUUUUUCUUAAAGAGGUUUGCUUCUGUCUUAGCCUUGUACAGGGAAAAUAUCCAUUUAUCAGCUUCUCUCUUGUGCUUAAUAGCUUUUUUUUUUUUUUUUUUUUUUACAUCAUUUUAUCCUUUUCUCUUUAGCAGAAAGUAAAUAUGUAUAAAUUUUGAAGGAACUGAACUAACAAUACAUCCUGUGUAUAUUCUUUUAAUGAAGAAAAUAAAUUGAUUACUGGCAUUGGAACAGUAUAAAAUACCAGUUUGUACAGCAAGACCUAUAUGUGACCAUGUUACUCCCUUUCAUUUCACACAAGGAUAUAGACACAACUGCAGUUCACAAGUAAUAUUGGCUCCACCCAUUGGUGCUGGCAAUUUGGGGACAUUAUGCUGUAAAGAGCUUCUAGCGUGAGAGGAUUAACACUAGCUCAUCUUUGUUCAUCUUUGCACUGUGGCUUACCUGCAAAUUUUCUUAACUGUUCUUGUGCAAUCAACAAUGUGCAAACCUGCUUUUCUCUUUUUGUAAACAUUUUUGCAUUACAGGCUGCAUUUCUUGCCUUACUGUAUAGAAAAAGAAAAAAGGCUGGGUUUAUUAUUGCACAUUUUAAGCUUUUAUACCUUUAUCUUCUUGGAAUGGUUGAGAUUCUGGAUGAGACAGCCAGAACCAUAGGUCUGCUGUUAAGGGAUUUUAAAUUGUGCAUUUUUAACACUACAGUAAAAUAAUUUAAGAUAUCCCUUGUGUUCUUAGUAUGAAGUGCUAUUUUUGGUCAUGUUGGCAUAUAUUGUUUUAUAAAAGGGAAAGUGUUUCUAAUAGUGUUUCAAUGUUUGUGCUGGUACAAAGUAAGUUAUUACUUUACUUGAGAUGGUUUGGCCACUGAAGAAUACAGUAUUACAAGGGAAACAAUCUUAUUUCUUUAGAUAAGAAACUUAGGUUUUACCAAGUUCUUUACUUUUGUUGACUGAUUUCUGAGGUUAUAGAUCAGGCUGGGAAUUUAGAAGUUAUUGAAGUACAGGAUAGGUAAACCUCGAUAGAUUAUAUAAAAUGCACUCAGCUCAACUGCUGUGUUUAAAAUACACAUUUUAAAUCCCUCUUUACAGACACUAAAAUAAAAAAAUACAACUUUCUGGGUUGUAAACAUGGUAGUACCAGAGUAUUGUAUAGUCAAUGUUAAAUAAAAGCCAAAACUGGAAUGUGCAGAAAAUAGAAUUUGGUUAAUUUGGGGACUCGUUUUUAUUUGUCUUAAACUUUUUUAAAAAUAAGAUUCCUCGAGUAGGUUGGUAUAUUCUGUUAAAGACUUACAGUGAUCCAUUUUGCUCACACUGUUGCAUCACAAGGGACUCACCCAGGGACCAUGACCUCCCGGUGUGUGUAUAUAUUUACAAAGACAAAACAAACAAACCACCCAUUGGGAUAUAAGGUAGCAAUCACAAACUAAAGACCGCGGCUUGUUUAGGUGCAAUACCCUAAUUUCCAAAGUUAGUUACAGUGGGUCUUAUUGUUUUGUGACAGGAUUUAUUCAGACUGCUGUACUCUUCAUUUGAUGUAACAAAAUGCUAUUAAUCUAAAUAUUUGUAAAUAAAGUACCUGUAUCUAGAUUAAAA